CCUCACUGUUGACCGUGUGGAACCUGCCAGCUGCAGCCCAGCUCACCCCUGAUGCCAACCUGCUUGGAGUCACCCAGAGUGAGAAGGAUGUUGUUCCGUCUAUAUUUGGGACCCCUUGGUCACCCUAGACUCGUGGUAGAUUCAGAUCGCUGGCCAAGCCCACCAUUUCAAUCAGCCAGGGCACAGCCAUAGAGCACAGGGGAAAUGUGACCCUCUACUGUGACGCCAAAGAUGUCAACGUUACCAUCCACUGGGUCUCCAACAAUCGGCCCCUGGUGUCCCAUGAGCGCAAGCAGCUGUCCGCCGAUGGCAAGACCCUCACCAUCUUCCCUGUCCAGAGGGAAGACACCGGGAGUUACCAAUGUGAAGUUUGGGGUGUCCUCCAGGUCAUGAGCAGCGACCCCACCUUCCUGCUUGUGAAUUAUGGUCCUGACCCCGUCAAAAUCAAGGUGGAGUCCGGUGUACCCAACGGGGAGGCAGUUGAGGUGUUAGAGGGCAGCAACGUGACCUUCUCGGUAGAAACUCAGUCUUACCCACCCGCUGCCUAUUUAUGGUCUUUCCCCAAUGACUCCAAGCCCAUCAUGAGCUCGUUUCUCACCGCAAGCACGUUUACCAUCUAUGCCGUGUCCAAGGAACACGAGGGCACGUACAGCUGCUUGGUGUCCAACAGUGCCACCCAGCUGUGCCACAAGGCUACUCUUAAAUUCCACGUCCUUGAAAGGCUGACUAAGCCUUGCAUCAUGGCCCCGAACCAGACUCUCACAGAGAACACCAGCCUGGUGGCCCUGGCCUGCCAGGCCACCCAUAAGGGAGCUGCAGUCCAGUGGUUCCUGCGAGGCCAGCCCCUUCUGCCCAGCAAACACCUGGUGCUGUCAGCUGACAACAGGACCCUGGUCAUCCAUGGCCUUCAGCGCAAUGACACAGGGCCCUAUGAGUGUGAGGUCUGGAAGUGGAGCAGCCGGCUGCGGAGUGACCCCCUCAAGUUGAACAUCAGCUAUGGCCCUGAUCGAGUGGACAUCACCAGGGGGUCGGCGUCCAAGGUGGUGAACACCAUCAAGGCGGAGCUCAACUCCAGCCUGACCCUGCAGUGUCGGGCUGAAUCCCAGCCGGAUGCUGAGUUUCACUGGACCCUUGAAUCCUCCACCAGUGUCUGUACGGGGGAACAGCUGGUCAUCGAGGCCCUGACUUGGGAACACCAAGGGAUUUACAGCUGCACAGCUUUUAACUCUCUCACCCACCUAGCCCGCUCUGCCUCAGUCCUGGUCAGAGUGAUAGGUCCCGGGUCAUCCGUCUCUGAAGGGGCCAUCGCCGGCAUUGUCAUCGGGAUCCUGGCUUUCGUUGCUUUGGCCACAGGGCUGGGCUGUUUCCUCUACAUCAGAAGUGCCGAAGGGCCCUCAAGGAGAACAGCAGAGGAACCCAUCUAUGAGGUCACGACACCCACCUCUGAAGAGGGUCACCUUGCAGAGCCCGGUCGCAGUAAGUGA